AUGAAUUUUUACAUCGCCUUUUGUGUUUUAGUUUCGUGCGCGUUCAGUGUAGAUAGUGCAAUUAUAAAUACAAAAACGAAUCUUAAUUCGGAACUAUCCAAUAAAAUUGGAAACUUUUCAGUGGAUUUUAUUGGCCGCACACUAGCUUCUGAAGCUCCAAAUGCCAACUUGAUAUUUUCUCCUAUAACUCUAUGGACAGUACUAGGUGUGAUCGCAGAAGGAGCUGCCGGAAGGACACUAAAACAAGUUUGUGAUGUUUUGAGAAUAAAACCUGAGGACAGACCAAACGUCAGGGCAACAUUUAGGACAAUACAAAAGUAUCUUGUAGUGACAACAUCAACAGUUGAGUUAAAGAAGCUCAACAUUAUGUUUGUAGAUAAGAAACUGUCACCAAAAAAGAAUUUUUCAAAUAUCUCGAGUGCCUAUGAUGUCUCCUUUGCUCCAUUAAAUUUUUCUGCACCACAACAGACUGCCGAUUUUGUCAACCAACGUGUGAAUGCCUUUACUAAGGGCAGAAUAACAGAGUUAGUUAACAGUAAGGAUCUACUUCAGAGUCACAUGAUACUCACCAGCGCUUUGUAUUUCAAGGGACAGUGGACAUAUAAAUUUGAUGAAUCAUCAACAACACUACGUCCAUUCUAUGAUAGCAACGGAAAUAAAAUGGGAGAAGUCAAUAUGAUGACCAAUCGUCAUACAUUCCCAUUUGCAAACAUUGGUGCUAUUCAAGCCAGAGUUUUAGAAUUGCCAUACGGAAAGGAGAAUCGGCUUUCCCUCUUGAUUAUGCUUCCAUAUCCUAAUGUGUCAGUGAAAGACAUGUUCAACAAUCUCCAUAAUUAUUCUUUAGAUAUGAUGUUUGGUGACAUAGCAACUUCAGUCAAAGAGUUUCCCGAUGAUGAAAUAAUUGUGUACUUACCUAGAUUUAAAAUAGAAUCAGAACUCGAUUUGACUGGAUCUCUAAUGGCAAUGGGUGUAAGGGACCUCUUUGAUGACACUCAAGCUGACCUAAGCGAUAUGGUUAAUGUUCCAACAUAUGUGUCGAAGAUAUCCCAUAAAGCAAUCAUUGAAGUAACAGAGGAGGGCACUACAGCUUCUGCUGCAACAUCUGCAAUAUUUGGCAACAGGAUCGGUUCUACUAGAUUCGAAGUCAACCGACCCUUUGGCUUUAUGAUUGUAGAGAAAACCACAAACACUAUUGCAUUUUCUGGCUCCUAUAAUAAACCACAGUUAUAUUAG